CGCAUACUGCAACAUGAAGAGAAUCAAGAAAACGGCCGACGUUACUGUCGAUACGGUAGACGCGUCAUCAUUUCGGCUACCGUCUCUAGCUUCUAGCGCGAACUCAAGCAAACGACUAGAAUCACCACAACUAGCCUUGCACGUCGACAACAGCACAGCAAGCGUCAUCAACGUGAGGCGAGAAAGCGAGGAGUUCAAGAGACUUCUGGCUAAUGCUACUCGCACAGGAAGACCUGAAGCUUGGUCCGCUGUGUUGAGGUGGAUGGACCAAUGGGCUACUCAAUCGCUGGAUUUUGAUCCGGAGAUCAGUUAUCAAGUGUUGUCACUGAUCAGCAAUACAGCAACUCCACAGACAGUUGUUCGUACUUUUCAACGUUCCUUCCCAGAGAUUGUAGGGUAUGGGAACUGCUUUGAUGAUCCCGGGAGACUGAAGAUGGGUGAUCUUAUUCAAGCUGUUCCAUCAGUCAUUGAAGAUGUUCAACAACAGGCUGCUAUGUGGACUCGUCCGUUGACUCAAAAGCCUUUAUGUCAACAUAGAGAAUCCAGUUUAUUGGAUCCAAUUCUUGUACCACCUAUUUCUGACUUGUUGCGACAACCAAAGCUCAAACGUAAAUCACUCAAGUCAAUCAGAAAACAGCAAAUAACUGGGAUAGAGCUUGUUGAGUCUUUGCUGUCAGGAAACUUGAGUAAGUUGGGAAUCACAGUGCCUGUCUAUCUGCAGCAGAAAGGACAUCAGCAUGGGAAUUACUAUGAUCUUGUGUUAACCAACCAGAAGCCAUUUGAUGAAGAGUAUUUUAUGCUAAAUUGGCAUCGCGAGGCUACAUUAUAUACUCAACUACGUAGGAUACCUUUCAUCAAAUCCUUUGUAUUGAGAAAAGCAUUUGUUAGGUGGAAGCUAGUCUUAAAGAAGUCUCAAUUUGAUCAACGUGUUCAACAAAUGAGAGAUGUUUACUUGAUGUCUCAUCCUCUGAUAGCAUUUGCAAUAGCUGAAGUGAGAAAAUUGCUUUAUUCUCUGAGAAACUGGGAAUUUAUUCGUAUUGAGAAGGACUAUUGUUAUAGCAUGGAUGAACUGACUGAUGUUGUUGAUAAAUCAUUGUUUGUUUGUUACAAAACACUGAACAAUGUUCUGGGCACUAUUCACAAUCUGUUGAAGGAAACAGGACGGAAGUCGAUGCAGUGGCUGCAGGAGUUGCAAUAUGUGAAGAGAAAUCUUGUUCAGUAUAGUGGUGUAGGUAUUUAUGAGGAGGCAAAGAGAAGACGGGUUUUGGAGCAGAAACUGAGGGAUGCUGACCAGCAGGUGAUGAGUUUGGGUCGGUUCAUAACAUUCUUGGGUCGUAUGAUGAAAAUAGAGUUGAGAGAUAUUACGAGAGAAGCCGUGUCUUGGUACUGGGAUGACGUGUCUUCACAUUCUAAGGAAAUUGGUUUGGUCCAAGUGACCUUUAUCUUUAGAGAGACAGAUGAGAUAGUUCUUAGCUCCCCACUUGAGGACAUUGUAUUUAUUGUUACAAAACCGACAUUGAAAUUCCAGGAAUUUGUUUGUAAAUUGGCUGAAGAUGAGGACAUUACUGUAUUCGACUUGCCGGAAUUGUAUUAUGGUCACAACCAGGAGGCUAUGACUGCAAUUGCUGAUGACUUACAAACUAUGGAAAAGCCUGAAGAUUUGGUUGUUAUAGGUCAGCAUAUUAUGGGUGAAAUUAGGCCCAUUGUGAGACAUGAAAUCAGAAAUUGUUUGGAAUCAGAUCCAGUAUUGAAUGAGCUGCUAAGUCGUCAACUGCAACUAGUAAAGAAAGCCGUUCGUGAGGUACAGUAUUUUGCUCGAAGCAAUGCUUGGUUGUCAGAAAUCAAUAGAUUCGUGAGAACCUGGAAGGAAAGUGACUUAAAAAAUUUGAAACGUACACCAGUAGAGCUACAGAAAGUCUGUUACAAAAUUAACAGUUGGAUGACGGCGGUAAGCAAGCUGUCUCCCAUUGUUAGUAGCACAUGCCAUAUCGUGUCAGUGGACUGUGAACCACUGAAAAGUGGUCUUAUAUCUCAACUCCAACCUAUCAUGCAGCAGCUGAUGAAGGGGGCUAGAGAAGAGCUGGACAGGGUUUAUCUGUUGGUGAAUAGCAAAGUGGUUGAAUGGUUUCAGAGUCUUCAAGUUCCCGACAUCGACACCAUUGACCUAAUUAGUUUUGUUGAGUAUGCGAAGCUGCUGCAAAGGGCAAAACUAGAGAGAGUAGUGAUUAAUGAUAUGAUAAAGGGGUUAGAGCAGUUGUUUGAGUUGAUGGUGUAUCUUUUUGAAAAUGAGCAUGAGGAGGAAAAGAGAAGGCUUUCUAAUAACUGGUCUACUUUCUUAUUGGCUCUACAGAACGGUACAGCAUUUGUGGAUAGUUGUGCUCAUGAAAUGUCGAAGGAAGUUUUGAAAAACUAUGAGUCUGCUAAAGGUUCAAUGUUUGAACUAUUCAAAACUUUUGAAACCCAAUGGUACAAUGAUCCAGCAAGUGGCUCAGAUGAAGUUUUGGUAACUCUUGAUAAGAUGAAAAGAAAUUGCUUAUCUAUACAGCAUAGAAUGCGAGAGAUUAGCGAAUGUCAUUUCGUACUGACAGGAAAGGAAUGCGAUAUGACUGCUCUUGAUCAGGCUUUCUACAGUAUAGAGACUCUUCGAGACAUUUGGCAUAGCUACCUAUUUACACAACAGACUGUAGCCACUUGGAAAGCGACUCCAUUUUACAAGAUGGAUAUAACGAAUGCUCUUUUUCUUCUAUCCAAGUGGGAUUUGCAAACGAGGAAUUUUCAACGUAUGGUUUCCUCACACUUGAAGCUUCCAGAAUCAGCAUUUGUGUUUACUGAAUGGUGUGCCAUUAUAUCAAAUAUGGUCAAACCCUUUUCUAUACUACAAGAAAUGGCAUCAUCUUGUUUGAAGUCAAGACACUGGAAGGCGUUGAGUGUUACUUUUGCGUUGGACACCGAGCUUACCUCAUUUACAAGCAUUGGUUCUCUACUGGACGCUGAUUUAUCAACUCAUGCCGACACAAUUGCAUCCAUCUGUUCAGAAGCAACUAGAGCUGAUGCUUUCGAGCAGUCUUUCAACAGAAUGCAGCAGGUUUGGGAUCAGAUGGAAUUCCGAAUUUCCAAGCAAAUACUCUUGAAAGGAUCGAUGUCGUCUGUUGAGAAGCAGUAUGGUCAAGACUAUGUUCCAAUGCCUGUUGCUUUUGUUGUGGUUGGCAUUGAAGAGUUGAAAAAUCGGCUGGAAGACAACAGCAUAUCGCUUCAAUUGGUCCUCUCCUCUUCCCUUGUCACAGACGACGUGAAGGUUCAAGCUCAAUACUUGCUUGGUACACUGCAAGAUGCAGGAAGACUGCUAGACUUCCUAACAACUUGUCAAGACAAAUGGCUACAUUUGAGGACAUUGUUUUGUAAACCUGAAGUGAGGAAAUCAUUAAGCCGUCAGUCGAUAGAUCUGCAUAAAGUGAUUGAUCUACAGUUCUAUGACAUCAUGAAAGAUUUGCUAGAUGCCAAUAGGGUAAUUGUAGCUGUCGGUCGUAAGCAAAUAGCAUCAGAGAGUGCAAGUAAAGAGGCAGCUUAUCGUAUUGUACACUCGCUUACAUCUUGCAUUGCCAAUGAGAAAAAAUUGUUGUCUCAGCUUAGUUCUUACGUUGAUCACUUAUGUGAACAGUUUCCACGCAAUUAUUUUCUCAACUAUGAAUCAAUUGUAGAGCUCGGUGUUGCAUGCCAUAAUCACAAGCAUCUUAUUUCACUUGUGAACGGUGUGUACAGGAACGUUUAUUCUUUCAAGAUUGUGGAGUCAGUAGCUACUGAUUUAGUGACUGGCACAGGUUGUGUUUAUCAUAUAACACAUAUUUGUGGUGCUGCUGGAGAGAAAGUGGCAUUAGAGACAACUGUGGCUACAAACGUUGAUGCACACAUUUGUUUGUCUCGUCUUGGUGAUAGUAUUGUGUCCACUUUGUCAAGACUUAUGGAGGAUUGCUGUGCGUCAUGUCCGGAGUGUGUAAAUGAUGACAACAUGAAACAAUGGAUUGAGACAUAUCCAUCACAGUGUAUACUCGCUGCACUUGGUGUUCAUUCUACUGAGAAGAUUUCCCAGUCUUUAGAUGUUGCUGACAAGACAAGCAAGAACAUGAAGACAUGGAUUGAUGCUGUUUUGGCCAGUUGUAUUGCAAUGCUGAAUGAAAAACGCGAAGGUGGUCUGUGUCGGAGGUCUUUACUUGUACUGGAAGGAAUGGCCAUUACUGGCAGGCACCUUCAAGACAUUACAAAUAGACUGUUCAAUGCCAAUGUGACCAAGUCAAGCUAUGAAUGGCAACAGCAAUUUCACCACAGAUUGGUGCCUGUAAGUGGAGAAGACAAGAGCAUGAAUUAUGAAAUUGAGUUGUUGGAUCACACAUCUAUGUACUCAUACGAGUACAUCGGACCUCAACAUCAAAUUGUCUUGACUCCAUUAACAGAUAGGUGUUUCCAGUCUCUGGCAUUGGCUGCAUCAUCGUUCACUUGCGGUACCUUGAUGGGAGCUCCCGCAACUGGUAGAACUACCAUGAUCCAACAGCUUUCUUAUAUGUUUGCUCGUCCGUUUAUCAGUCUUCUUUGCUCUCCUGAUUUACACCCGUCCUACUUUUCUCGUUUGUUUGUUGGAGCUGUGCAGUGUGGAGGGUGGCUGGCAUUUGUUAGUCCCCAUCAACUGCAAAGUUCGGUGAUGACCAUGCUUAGUCAGCUCAUUACAACGGCUUGUUCAGCUGUGGCAGCUAUGUUUUAUGAUCGUAAAACACCACACCCUGGAAUAAGGAAGCAUUCGGAGUUACAUGUACAAGAUGACACAGACGUUUCUAGUGCAACAUGCCCAACUGACUUGGAGAAUGAACUGGAUGCAGCAUCUGGUGUAAAAACUGAUUCGAGGAGCAGUGAUGUCGGCGUUGUUUUUCAAAUCAACCUACAAAGACGUGAUCCUGGAUUUGCCUGCUUUGUUUGUGAUGACCCAAUUUUUCUGAAAGUUCACCAACUGUCUGAUUUCAUGCAAGCUGUUAUGCGAGUGGUAUCAUUUCCGUCACCCUGCAACAAGGCAAUUUGUUUUGUUUACAUGUGGAUGGGAGGCUUUUCUGAAUCUCUACUUCUGGCAAGAAAGCUGUCGGCAUUACCUUCAAAACUUGCUGAUAAAUGUCCUCGAGCCAAGAUGGACUUGAGAAGAGUGAUAAGAAUCCUACGCUCAGCGGUCAUGAAGAAACGAAGGCACCAGACAAGGAGGCCUAUGUAUGCUGUGGAUGACAAGAACUUUCUUCAUCAGGCCAUAAUAGAAACGCUGUGUCCAUCACUUUCGGAAGUAGAUUCUCUAACUGUUACUGAUAUUGUAAACAAAACAUUUCCAUUCUCUACUACCCCUGUUGCUGAUGAGGAAGAUGGUAAGAUUGCUGUACUUCGUACAGAGAUAAUAGAAGAAUUGAACAGAAACAAACUAGAUGCAACAAAACUUAUAGUUGACAAAAUAGUUCAUCUUUACAAUAGCAUAAACACGAAUGGAGGCACUUUACUGGUAGGUCCAUGUGGAGCAGGAAAGUCUACAUGCUGCAGGAUACUCAGUGAAGUUCUUAAACGUCUUAGCGCAAUGACCUCACCAUCAACACUAUUGGAAGAAAAUCAUUUAACGCGCAUGCAAGAGAUGUAUUUUUCAAGCGUUGACGUUUUUACCAUAUUUCCACAAGCAAUGGAGCAGAAUGAGAUAUUUGGUUCUAUGGAUCCAAUUGGUCAUUGUUGGAAAGAUGCAGUGAUUCCUCGUUUGCUACGUGAUGCAUCUCGUAGUUCUCAAUCAAGUUCAGUUGGGACAAAGUGGCUUGUUUUUGAUGGUGUUUUGUCGUCGUCAUACACAGAAAUUCUUGGAAGAAUAUCUAAUCAAACUGUUCCACUAUCCUUGGCAAAUGGGGAGCAGAUAUACUUGGCAGACUCGGUAAAGAUGGUAGCCGAGCUUUCUUGUCUUGAUCAUUUGUCUCCUGAUCUUGGUCGCUUUGGAAUGGUGUGGAUUGGUGGAAGUGUGGUCGGUUGGAAGUCUGUCUGUCAUUCAUGGAUGGACUCUUCUUGCAAAAAAUGGGAUACUGAAGUAGUGAGAUUGUUGUCAAGUCUUUGUGAUUAUGUCAUCAAACCGACUCUGACAUUUGUCUUCAAUCAGUUGUCUUCAUCAUCAACAGAAUUUUUAUCACAAUUUAGUGCCAAUCAAGUCACGCUGUUGAUGAAGUUUCUCACGGCUCUGUUUGACUUUCACUACUGUGUGAAGAAGCAAAGGGAUCUGGUUAUGAGACUCUCUGAUAACGACAGGGCUACGUUUGUGGCAGGAUUGUUUGCUGUGGCUUAUGUUUGGGCGUUUGCUAGCAAUUUGCAGCAGAGCCAUCUUGCCAAAUUUGAUGAGUUUACUCGAGAAACAUUUGCAAACUGCCCAAUUCCUGUUGAUUUUCCUAAAUCAGGGACAGUGUUUGAUUAUCACUUUGACCUAAAACACGGCAGCCUUGUUGCUUGGCCAGACGAAGGAAUAAUGGAUUCAGGUUUACUUUGCAUUCCAGAGGUGUCACGAUAUGUCAAAUGGAUAGAAAAGUUGGUAGCUUGCGGAGAGAACGUGUUGCUAAUUGGAGAAUCCGGAGUGGGAACUUCGUCAUUUAUUCAGAUUGUGAAAUCAUUGAAACCUAAUUAUGAGAUUGCCUCAUUGCCUGUUACACCAAACAUGACUGUUCGUGAUAUUCGUGGUCAAUUGGUGUCAUGUCUACAGCCUGAAAAACGCCGUUUUAUGAACUUGGAUUAUCGAAGCAGACAUGCUAUAUUUGUGGAUGACUUUAGCAUACAAACUGGACAAGACGAUGCAAAUCUGGGAGACGUGAUUCGGCAGGCGAUGUGUUCUGGUACUGUUCUUGGUGUGGAUGGAUUGUCGAUGGUUUCAGCAGCUGGAAUUCAGUUUAUUCUGUCCGCAUAUCCUCCACCUUCGUGGUCCACAAGAGACAGAGACAAUCAACAUUUUGUCAAUUCCAGACUGCGCAGGAUGCUAUGCAUUCUGAAUGUAUAUCCACACGGAUUAGAAACAUUGACACACAUGCUCGUCCCUCGGUUUCUGAAAUGGUUGGAAGGAUAUCCUUCUCUGUCUGAUUCUAAAUCACUGGCUAAGGCUUUUGCAUUUGCCUCUGCAAGAAUUCAUGCUGCUGUUUGCACCCUUUUCCCCCAAACUGAUGAUUGUCCACACUACUUGUGGACACAGCGUACUCUCAUGCAAUUGACAGAUAAUCUUGUGUGUUUAUCCAGUCUAAAUCAAACUAAUAGAAUGUUACCUCUUGCUUACACAAGACGCUCGUCAUCUACCGCUAGUGACAUCAGAAGUCAAUCUGGUCACGACAGAAUGAGGCACAGGAAGCUGAGAGGUUCCAGCCGUGAGAACGAAGAAUUUUCUGAGGCUAAACGUCUUAUCCACUUCUGGUACAAUGAAGUCAUUCGAGUUUACUGUGACCGUCUUACAACGACAAGGGAGGCCAAUCAACUUCAAGCAUCAGUCAGACAGAUUAUGAAAGAUGUAUUCACAUCUUCUGAGUCUAUGAGUUCUUCACAAACCUCAGACCCUCUUCCAACUGGAUUUAUAGGCUUUCGUGACAUUAUUUCUAUUAUGCAAGGGUUUGCAGAGUCGAUGUAUGCUCCUUGUUUUGAUGCAUUUGUGGAUGAUGGGCAGGACAUGUACAAAUUACAAUCGAUGACUGACAUUAUGAAGUAUUGUCAGGAGGCUGUGAAUUUGUACAGUGUUGUUCAAGAGGAGACUCAACAGACAAAUAUUAUAUUGUUUAGUGAAGCGAUCGAACACAUUGUCAGAUUAUUUCGUUCAUUGCUGCUGCCUUGUGGCCAUGCCAUCCUUAUUGGCCACUGGUUUACCUGCAGGCGGACUAUGGCUAAAGUAGCGACACAAGGUAUCAGAUGCAAGACAGUUGAGGUGAAUCAAGUUGAGUUGGGAAGAGAGAGAAUACGUGAUGCUUGUAGAAUCGCUGGAGUUGAGAAGGAGGUGUGUUGUUUGAUAUUCCAAUCACAUGUUAGCAGAUACUUUUUGUCUGAGGCUUAUUGUCUCAUGCAACAUGGGUACAUUGAUGGUCUCUUUUCAGCAUCUGAGUUGCAGUUUUUUAAGGCUGAUUUCACAAUGUUAAGAUCAGGGGCCAAAGUUGAUCGAAAGCCUAAUCACAAUAUUUUCUGGGGAAAUGUUAAGCAAUAUUUGCACGUGAUUGUGUGCAUGCCGUUCCAUGAUGAUGAUGUAACUAAGUGGCUGCUGAAGGUUCCAAAGCUGUUGAGUGUGGCCUCAACUAUUGACUAUUACUGCACGUGGUCUAAGGAAGUUCUCACAGAGGUUGCUCACACACAUUUACAACAGUCUCUUGGUGAUUCUGUUCCUUGGAGUGUUAAAAAGACUUCCAUGCUGAACAUCUCGGAGUUUCUAGCCCACAUCCACUCUUGUGUCAUGAAUGAACUCAGUCCACAGACAGCAAGGGCAUUGACACCGGCAACAUUUAUUGAGUUUAUUGACAUCUUUAUUGCCAUCACUCACCGUUUCACCAAGCAGCAGAAGGGCAUAUUGAAGUUGAUGCAGGACUUGGCGUUUCGGACAAAUGAUGUGCAGUCUAGGUGUAAGGUCGUAAGCCAAGACCUCAUUUGUUUGAAAGAGAAAUUCUCCAAGGCAGAGGAAAUUUACCGGGAGUCAUGCCAACUUGUGGAAUCAAUGCAGCUUGACGCUAAUAGGCAAUAUGAAAAUUAUCUAAAUGAAGACAAGAAGCUGGCUGAUGAGAAGAACGAAGUUGAACUGCUCAAGAAUGAAGGACAAAUGAAAUAUGAUGAGGUCACUCCACUUUAUGCUGCUGCUUUGAAGUCACUAACAGUGUUGGAUAAAAGGCAUGUGGACGAGUUGAAGACAUACAUAAUGCCUCCUCAGGCAGUUUGUGACGUUUGUGGGGCAGUUUGUUUGCUGUUUGGUCUACCAUCUGACAGCUGGGAAGAAGCCAGGAUGCUUCUUAGCAGCAAAGGUUUCUUUCAGAAUCUUGUAUAUUUUAAUAAAGAAAGUGUAUCUGUAUCAAAGCUGCGUGCACUCUGCAAGCUGACCACCAGUGCUUCAUUUAACUUGGGUACUCUACAUCAAGUCAGUCAAGCAGCUGCGGCUCUUUGUCGUUGGGUGAAAGCAGUAGAGAUGUAUGUGACUGUCUACAGAGAUAUCGAGCCUCUGCGACAAAGGGUUGCCAAAGCUGAGUCUAUGAUCGCUCGGAAAGAAGCCACUCUCAUUGAUGUUCAGAAACAGCUGCUGGAACAGCAGAAUGAGUUGAAGGAAAUGAUCAGUCAGAAGGACAAAGCAGCUAGCAUGAACAAAGAACUCAAGGAAGAAAUUGAGACAAAUGAAGUUCUUUUGAAGCAUAUACAACAUUUACAAUCAUGUUUAGAUAAUGAGCAGAUGACAUGGUUGACAACGAUAAAGCAAUGCAAAACAGAUAUUGCUGCUUGUCCUGGGAGUGCUGCACUUGCAGCAGCCUCGGUUGUCUACUUGGGAAGAGUACCACUAGAAGAGCGAGAAAAAUGGCUUGACACAUUGGCAAAGUUUGCUCAAUCAAGAGGCUCUUCUCUAUGUAUCCCUAUCAAUAGAGAGUUAUCACUCCAGAAACUUUUAGCAUCACAUAGGGAGUUGGUCUUAUGGGAGAGAGACCAGUAUCCAACAGAUAAAGAAUCAGUAGCAAACAUUCUACUACUCAAAUGUUGUUUGCGGUAUGGAAAACAUAUGUGGCCGCUGAUUAUUGACCUCCAUGGGGUAGCUGUGGAUUGGAUCAUGUCAGUAGUGUCAAGCAAUGACCAACAACAAGAACCGGAAAGGACUUGCUUUGUCAGUGUAUCCGCUUGUGCAAAUAAUUUGGAUGCAACUAUAGAGACAGCAAGAGACAAGGGACAAACUGUGAUUAUAAAAGAUGUAGAAACUGUAACAUCGAGCAGGAUUUUGUCUCUUACCCGUCGUCACCAUGGCUCAUGCCAUCCAAACUUCCAGGUCUGUUUUAUCGCUGGCAUUCCAUUACAGCUACUGCUGGAACUCAACUGGCAGGUAAAUUUCACGUGUCUCAUCUGCCUUGUUAUGCCAACAAACACAUUAGUUGAGCGAAUCUUAUUGGCGACAGCAGCGGAAUUAUGGCCCGAAUAUAGUGCACAAGAGGAGACUCUUCUCAGAGAACUUGUGCAUUAUAGACAACAAUUGAAAGACGCAAAGGAUAUUGUCACACAACUAGUUGCCAAAGUUGAUGGUAAUCUGAUUGAAUCCACCGAAAUUGUACAUGAGGCAGUACAGAAGAGCAUGGCACAGCAGGUAGAAAGUCAAGAACAUCUCGACAUUACUGCGCAGCUGUUGGAAGAGAAGAAGCGUCAGCUGCAGGAGUACAAACCGCUUGCCAUCAGAAUGGCUUGCUUCUAUCAAGGACUAAGACGCUUAGCACAAGUUUUUCCUGUCUAUUCAUGCUUACUUCAAGAGUUUAUCAGCAUCUACAGUAAAAUGGUUUUCUCUGGAUGUGAUCCGAAAGCAAGCAGCUGGACUAGGGAAACAGAGAUAAGUCGAUUAGUGGUGUCUGUUGGCAGGAGUGUGUAUGCACGGCUUGCUCACCGUAUGGUGGGAGAACAUCAUUUGAUAUUGGCAUUCUUGAUUGUGCUGGAGAUUCUCAUCACAAGCAGUAAAAUUAACCACCACGAUAUUGAGCUUUUCUUUGCUUCUGGUGAUGAUAGCACGACUGUGAGUUCAAACUUGAGGAAGCCAAAAUGGAUAUCCGAAAAGCAAUGGCAAGCAUUGCAUUUUGUUCAACACCAUCGUGACCUUCCAUGGUUAUGCUCAGAACUGGCAGAUCAAAGUAAACAAUGGGAAGAGUACUUUCAGCUUGAGCCUGUGAUGUUGUGCCCUGAAAAUACUCCCAUAGCCACCGGGCAAACUCAUCUCAAGCCCAUUCAUUGCUUGGUGCUCUGGAGUAUUAUAAAGCCUGAAAGGCUGGCAUCUGCAUGUCAACGGUUUGUGAUUGAUAAUUUGGGCCCCGACUUUGUGGACCCACAAAAGCACGAUCUAAAAGGUUUGUUGAAUUCAGCAAAGCACAAUCAACUGGUUUUGCUUAUACACAAAGAUGAAGAAAUGAGAGAGACAAUCAAGUGUAUGUCUGAAAUUUGUCAAUCAAGCAAGGAUAAGAAACUCAGUGCUCUUCAAGUUGUCAUUGUUGCUGAUGAGAAUGGUGUAGAUAGUGCUGUUGAAAUGAUUAAACAGAAUAGAAACAGCGGAGAAUGUCUGUUAAUCAACAUGUGCUUCUGGAAUAAUUGCUGGCCAGACAAGCUGGUUACAGCCAUUGCAGAGACAACUAGUUCCUCAAGUGAGCACGAAUUCCGAAUAUGUCUUAUGGUGAAGUACUCCGUUGAGAUGCCUGUAUGUUUGAAGUCACCUUCCCCCAUGCUGAUAGGCUGCAGCCAGUCAGUGAAGCAGACAGAAGUGAAUGCGAACGCACACUUAGACAAUCAACAGAGUUUCUGCAAUGUACUACAACGAUUGCUUAUUGGUUAUAGGAAGAGGCAGGACAUAUAGGUAUGUCAUCAUUUAGCUAAUCUAGGAGGUGUCCUUUGAACUAAUAGACUUUGGAUAAUCAAGUCAAGUUCACAUUGAACCAUAUUGAGUUAUAUUGUAUUUGAAAACUUGAUCAGUGGCUAUCAUUUCACAGCUUUGUAAUGUAGAGUUGUUUGCACAUAAUGUGUCUUUCCUAGACAUGUAAAGACAACUAGACAGUGACCAAGUCCAUGCAUACAA